CAGCACACUCGCUCCCUCCCACGACACAUCUCAGCAUGGCCAAGAAGCGAUCAGGCGGCUCCGCCGAUGCGCCGCGCGCCCGCCACGCGGCCGAGCAGACGGACCCGCGCUUCGCCCGCCUGCACACGGACCCGCGCUUCCUGCGGCCCAAGGCGCACGAGGCCAAGGCCGUGCUCGACGAGCGCUUCGCCUCGCUGCUCGACGACAGCGCGCCAAGGAAGGCAGCCGCGCGGCCCCGGCAGCGCCAGGUCGACCAGUAUGGCCGGCCGCGCGUCGAGGCGCAGGACGCGUCGGAGAUGCGCCGCCUCUACCGCCUGGCGGGCGAGGGCGAGGGCGAGCAGUCGCAGGACUCUGACGACUCGGCCAGCAGCAGCGAAAGCGAAGCACCGCAGGGUGCCAUCGACUAUGCUCGCGGCGAAGGGCUGCUCGAGAGCAGCGGCGGCGAGAGCUCUGAUGAGGAGGGCGAUCACGAGGACGCCCGCUCGGAAGCAUCCGACGACGCCUCCUCGGCGGACGACUACGAUGGCGUGCUGCUGGGCCGGGCGGACGUCAGGAGGCGCGAGAAGAAGCGCCAGGCGCGCGAGGGAACGCCAAGCAGCGGAUCUGAGGACGGCUCCGUUGCUGCUGCCGAGGCAGCGGCCUCUGAAGAUCUUGACGAGGCCGCUUUGGCGGAGCUCGAUGCGCAAGCAGCGGCCAAUCUUCGGGCUGCAAGCACGGCUGGCCCGAGCUCUAGCAAGGGUGCCUCUGCAGUGCCGCGAGCAGACGCACAAGUCCUCCGCGGAGACGCGACUGCUCGUCUGGCGAUGGUCAAUCUCGACUGGGACCACGUGCGCGCUGUCGACCUGCUCGUCAUGCUGUCCUCUCUCGUCUCACCGUCAGCAACACGCCUGCCCGGCCAUGCCGCGGCGGAGCGGCACUCAGCCUCGUCUGCGGUCAAGGGCCAUGUGCACAGCGUGCGCAUCUAUCCUUCGGAGUUCGGACGCGAGCGCAUGGAGCGCGAGAAUCGCGAGGGGCCUCCGCGCGAGAUCUUCAAGCGCGACGAUGCUGCUCAGGGCUCGUCGAAGAAGCGCAGCAAGUCGCGCAGCAAGAAACGCAGUGGCGCCGAAGACGAGGAGGAGGCGGAAGAUGUCUUUGAGGUGGAUGAGGGAGGCGAAUUCGACGAGGAGAUGCUGCGCAGAUACCAGCUGGAGCGUUUGCGGUAUUACUAUGCCAUCGCGACGUUCGACAGCGCCGCAACCGCCCAGCACGUCUAUGACGAGCUGGACGGCACGGAGAUGGAGCGGACUGCCAACGUCUUUGAUCUGCGCUUCGUGCCGGACGAGAUGGACUUUCCAGCCACGCAGGGUGGCGAGGAGGGCUGGCGCGACGAAGCACGCGAGGGCGAGGAGGUCGGCACGUACCGUGGCGUCGACUUCCGCACUGACGCGCUGCGGCACUCCAAGGUCAAGCUCACGUGGGAUGCCGACGACUCCGCCCGCCAAAAGGUCACGCGGGCUGUGAACCGCGAUCUCUCGAAGUCGCAGCUGCGUGACGACGACUUCCGGGCCUACCUCGCCUCUGCGAGCGAGGACGAGGCCGAACAGCCGGAUGACGAGCAGGAGGCUGCACGCUUUCGCGCGCUGAUGGGUCUCGACGGCACCGACGGGCCCGCAGCCGGCAAGCGCAAGGGGCGCAGCGCUGCGUUCGAGGAUGCGCGAGAGGCUCCCGAGGAGGGCGACAUGCAGAUCACCUUUCUGCCCGGCCUGUCGGAGGCUGCAGCUCGCAAGGCCUCAGGCAAGGCCCAGAGCACCGGCGACGAGACGACAAUCGAGAAGUACCGCCGCAAGCAGAAGGAGAAGAAGCUCAAGCGCGCCAAAGAUGCCCCGGCAGAGGCCGAAGAGGCAAGCGAGGGCGUGCAAGAAGGGCCUUCUGCCGGGCCGUCUGCGGCGGGCUUCGACGACCCCUUCUUCGCGGGCGGCGACGACGACGAAGACUUUGCUGCCGCGCUCGAUGCUGAGCUGGGCGAGCGGCCCGCCAAGAAGGAGAAACAGAAGAAAAGGAAGGAAAAGAAGGAGCAAGCGCAGACGCCCGAGGAGCAGGCAGAAGCAGCCCGUGCCCAGGCUGAGCUGGAGCUCAUGGUCGACUCCGACAGCGACGGAGGCCGUGGACACUUCGACAUGAAGGAGAUCCUGCGAGCCGAGCGGGGCGCAGACAAGAAGCGCGGCGCCCGCGGCAAGAAGGUCCGCAAGGAGCGCGAUGCGCCCACGCAGGUCCAGGACGGCUUCAGCCUCGACGUGGCCGACUCGCGCUUCGCCCCCGUCUUCGAGGACCAUCGCUUUGCGCUCGACCCAAGCCAUCCGAGCUUCAUCAAGACGAAGAACAUGGACAAGCUGCUCGCGGAGCGGCGCCGCCGCCAAGAUGCGAGCGCAGCUCCUGUUGAGCCGAGCAGUGCCACUAGCGCAGAUGCUGGGCCGUCUGGCAGGUCUGAGCUCGCUGCGCUGGUCAAGUCUGUGAAGAAGCGCGGGCCUUCGGGUCGCGGAGGGCGCGGCGACUCUGCCAAGCGCCAGAAGCCUGCAGCCUGAGCUCGUGCACGCCGCAAAGGACCCUCGGGCGGACAGCCCACUCCUGCUCUCUCUAGGUAUGUAUUGCCGUCGCCUCACCUCCGCUGCUCGCGGAACACGUCCGUCUUGCUCUUGCGGUACUCGCGCUGCGCAAGUGUCGUGUCCUCCCCCUGUGUCUGCCCCCAGCCCUUCAGUGGAAUGACGAGCACUGUCCCGUUGU